CAACAGUUGAAGUUGUCCGGCAAAUAUUAGCGGAACUUGGAAACAACAAAUCGAAAACAAAAUGAAUCCUUUAGUAAUUUUGGGCUUUGUGGCCAUGGUGGCUGUAGGAUCGUUGGCAUCGCCAACAAACCAGAACAGCAUGAAGCCAUCGCAAUGGUUGAAACCCAGUGAGCUGGAGAGUACACCAUCCCUGGAUGAGUUGACCUUCGAGGAAUUGGAGAAAAUGCCAUUGGAAAAAGGAGCCAAAUUGAUGCGCAAAAUAUAUCACUUGGCCCAAAUCGAAAACUCUGUCUCGCCCAAUUUCGUGCCCAGCCCCAGCAAUGUGCCCGUCUACAUUUUCAACGGCAAGGGUGAAAAGGAGACUUGCAACUUGAACAACUACGUCGACAUUGCCAAGAACAAGCCCAAAUUUGGCGAACAAGAAGUCACCGUUUUCAUUACUGGCCUGCCCCAGUCCUUGGAUGAUGUCAAGAAGGCCAACACCCGAUUGAUCCAAGCCUACAUUCAACGCUACAGCCAAAAACCCACUCCACCCAGGGAUGAUGACAAAUCGAAAUGGGAAAAUGAACAACCCGUUGGCGGCCAUUUGGUUGUCAUCGAUUUGGGUCACACCAUCACCGACAUGGAACGUUAUGCCAGUUUGGAUGUCAAGGAGACCGGUAAAAUGAUUGGCAAGACCUUUGCCGAGCUGAUGGAUGAGUGCGAUGUCGAUGUUGAGGAUAUGCAUGUUGUUGCCCAGGGCAUUGCUGCCAAUGUUGCCGGUUCGGCUGGCAAGGCCUUCAAGGACAUUACCACCCACAAAUUGGAUCGCAUCACCGCUUUGGACCCUGCCCGUCAAGUUGCCAAGAAUCCCAAGGUGUUGUCCGGUUUAGCUCGUGGCUCCGCCAACUUUGUUGAUGCCAUUCACACUUCCGCUUUGGGUAUGGGCACCACCCGUCGUGUUGGUGAUGUUGAUUUCUUCCCUCAUGGCCCCUGUGAAGGUGUUCCCGGUACCCGCAACGUAAUUGAAGCCCAGGCUCGUGCCACCCGUUUCUAUGCCGAAUCUGUACGUCCCGGUAACAGCCGUAAUUUCCCAGCCCUUGAAGCCAGCUCCCUGAAGCAGUACCGCAACAAGGAUAGCUAUGGCAAACGUGCCUACAUGGGUAUUGCCACACGUCGUGACACCACCGGUGACUACAUUUUGGAAGUCAAUGAGCAGACUCCCUUUGGCAAGCGCUCAGCUACCCAGCAAAGAUCUGUCCAAUUUUUCAACAGUGAAAACUAUUGAGGAAUGAUAGAUGGUUUUACUUCCCUAUUUACCCCCGGCAUCUAAUUUUGAACUGUGAACUGUUUAUAGUUUAUGAUGGAACUUUUUUAUAUUUGGACCACACAUCCCCACAUUUUUUAGAUUUUAGUUGAAACAUAAAGAAAAAAUAAAAAAGAAUAUUUGAUAUUAAAAAAAUAA